AUGGGGUCAAGAGCCGUACUGUACACUGGCGGCGACGUCAAGAAAUCAGGCGAACUGGGCAAAAUGCUCGACAUAGCUGUGGUGGAUUCCUCUUCCAACGCCGGUACUUCGUCUGGGUUACCUCCAUCAAGGCCUUCCCAUCACUCCUCCUUCCAACACAACAGUGGAUCCCUCCGAUCCGCCUCCAAUUCAGGUCCUAUCUCCAAAUCCUCUACCGGUUCAGGGCCCUUGCAUCCCCAGAAGAAGUCGUCCGGUCUUAUGCCUUUGCAGCCCACCGGGCUUAUCACCUCCGGUCCCCUUGGGUCUUCCGGUGGAAGCACUGCUGCCGCUCGCCGCUCGGGUCAAUUGGAGCCCUCCGCUUCCAUGACCAAGGCUGUAUACGGUGCGGCUGUCACCAAUCUCACUGACGAUGUGAAAUUUGGGUUUAAGGUAUCCAAGGCCAUAAUGUGGGUUUUCGCGGCGGUGAUUGCCAUGGGGCUUUUAGUUGGUGGUUUUAUGUGGGUUACCGUUAAGAAGCCUGUGAUUUUGCUGGUGGUUUACCAAGCGGGUCAAAAACAGUUUCUCAGGACAGAAAAUGAAAAAACUGUUCUGCUGUUUCCCAGCACAUAA